AUGUUUCGCGCAUUUACACCCGCUUGGCGUUUGCUGAGCACAAACACAGCUGCACUGGUAUCCAGUCGCACAAUUAGAAGACAAGCUGUGCGCUUUUUGUCAGUUACAUCGCAAGAGGCAAAAACACAGCCUGAUUCAUAUACCUCAGCAGAUGCACAAGAAUCUGUCGCCAGUGGCUUGAAGGUCAUGUUGCCUGGACAGUCAUCUCUGAAUGUCGACUCAAUUUCUGGUAAAAGUUCAUCCUUUAUGUACUCUCCCGCCGCACUCCCCCCUCGUCAAGACCCGCUUCUUCAUUUCCUUGUUAAUCUCCUGAUGCGCGAUGGUAAGAAGGCAUCAGCUGAGCGAUACGUUGCAGACAUGCUCUCUGAAAUGGCCAGGCUCACGAAUAAAGAUCCACUUCCACUUGUAUAUGAGGCAGUAGAGCUUGCCAAGCCACUGCUCCGCAUGCAGACACGCAAACAGGGAGGCAAAUCUCUCCAGGUGCCAAUGCCACUGAAUGAGCGGCAAAGCACACGCCGUGCUCUUAAAUGGAUUAUUCAAGCGAGUGAUCGUCGCGCUGACCGUGCAAUCAGUCGACGUCUGGCCGUUGAGAUGCUUGCCAUUUUGGAAGGAAACAGUUCUGUGCUCUCACGCAGAGAUGAGCAGCACAAGGUUGGCACCAUCAACCGUGCCAACGCCAGUGUUCGUAUCUAG